UGGCCGAUUUCGUUAUUCCGCCUGAAUGGGCCGCACUCCGAUUGGCUGCGGGCCGAUUUACGUCACCGGCACGCUCCGUCCCCGCCCGCCCCCUAAGAUGAGUACUUGAGAUUUUCCUUCUGUCACCGCCACAUGUAGCAACGGGGGGAUCGCGGGAGCCCAGCGGUCGUCUGUCGGUGCGGGAAAGCGGGACGCUCAUUCCCAGAAGCGAGAAAAAUAUUAAUACGCUCCGUGUCUGCUGCGUGGAAACGAUGCCUGUGUGUCUCUGCCGGCGCAUUUCCAAGGACAUCCCCGAGCCACCUUUAAAACCACAGUAAAAACAUCGGCGCCGGUGGAAAUACAACACAGAAACCACGUUUGCGUUAGACUUGCAGUGAGAGAUAUUUCAUAGGACGGUUCGCGAUACCGGAGUGGAGGGGCUGCGUCUUGCCUUUGACAUCUGAUUCUGCGACGCGACCACUUCGGUCAGCUCGAUCGAUUUAUUUUGAUAAUAACAACUACAACAAAUAAACAGCUUUUAAUCGGAGAGAUCUCGUUAUCAGGACACGAUCCAGGCAUUGCAUUUUGAGCAGGCAAAAACAGACACCGACACCAUGGUGAAUCCCAGCGGCAGCACCCAGCCACCCCCCGGUGGAGCGGGGACCCUGCCCUGGAAAAGGUGUGCGGGGUGUGGGGGCAAAAUCGCCGACCGCUUCCUGCUGUACGCCAUGGACAGCUACUGGCACAGCCGCUGCCUGAAGUGCUCGUGCUGUCAGGCCCAGCUGGGUGAGAUCGGCACGUCCUGCUACACCAAGAGCGGCAUGAUCCUCUGCAGAAACGACUACAUCAGAUUAUUCGGGAACAGUGGGGCAUGCAGCGCAUGCGGCCAGUCCAUCCCGGCCAGCGAGCUAGUGAUGCGGGCGCAAGGGAACGUCUACCACCUCAAGUGCUUCACGUGCUCCACCUGCCGGAACCGUCUGGUGCCGGGCGAUCGGUUCCACUACAUCAACGGCAGCUUGUUCUGCGAACACGACAGACCCACCGCCCUCAUCAACGGGCACCUGAACUCGCUGCAGACGAACCCGCUGUUGCCCGACCAGAAGGUGUGUUAGGAGAGGAGGAGUGCCCCCCCCCCCCAGCAGAGCAUUUUCUGCCAUCAUCACCCAUGCAAGUGUCGGCGUUACUGGCAAACAAUCCUCCCCCACGCCCCCACCCAUCCCCUCACAAACACCUGCAAUCGUAAUCCUUGUCACGGCAUUCAAAACACGCCCCCUACCCCCACACGCCCCCUUUCCCGCUUCUGCUCCUCCACGGAUGGACCCCCCCCCGCCCCCCCAGGUGGGAAAUGGCGAGCUCUACAGGCCUGGACUAGAGGGGAGGAAGUUCUGGAGGGAUGGGAGUCAGGCAGAGAGACCCGGAUGCACCGAGGACUUUUCAGAGAGAGAGAAGACAAAAAAUAAACACUAACCAAGCCUUGGAGGGAAUAAAAGGGGCAGCGACGCGUUCUCUCCUCCUUUCCAAGUCCACUCCUUUGUGAGACCCUGAUACUCCUCCUUUCUAUAUUUUUAGUGUUGUAAAGGGAAUUUGUCCCAAUUUCGGGGAUUAGAAAUGACUUUUCGUGGAGAUGGGGGUCAUUAACACUUUGUGUAUCUGUAAAAUGCCAUGUAUGUAUGCAUGUAAGUGGUUUUUUUGUCCCGACGUGGCUAAACUCUACCCCAAAACCACCCCCCCCCCCCCAACUGCAGACCCCUCCAAUCCAACGGCAGAGCGAGUGGAAGCAGAUCGCAGCUUAACACUCUUCAUGUACAGAUUUUUCUCCAACCUAUAAUUGCUCAAUGGAAAAAAAAAAUAAAUCUAUUUGUGAUAUUUUCAGA